UCGGGAUGGGCGUGUUCGAAACCCUAGUGGUAUUUAGGCACGUUAAAUUAGUUAUCAUUAUCAUCAUCAUCAUCAGAUUUCUUUGCUUCAACUGAUGCUUGGCACCAUGUUCCUCGUCUGUGUCAUGCCUUACACUGGCAGCACCAAGAACACUGUUUCGUACAGCAGGAAAACAUUCAACCUGUGCAGCUUAAAGAAUUUAAUCCACGAUCUCGAAGAUUUUUAGAUUUAGAUGGUCUUUUUGGUGCUACUGAGAAGUUCCUAAAUAAAUUAAUAGAGAUAUUAGAGAAAUUAACCGGCGAUACUAAAGAGGCUUUUGUGAGGAAAAUGUAUUAUGCCAUCAAAGAUUAUGCGAAUGAUGGGAAAGAAGUGUUUAUCAAGAAACUCAAAAUUGCAAUAGAAGAAUUACCCGCAGUAGUAGCCAAGGUUUUGGAUAUCCUUGUUCCAGUAUUUGUAAAGAUCGUGUGGUCUGAUGACGGCAGCAAACCUGGAUUCCAGAAGCUGCGCCAGAUAAUAUACGAAGAAGCAGAUAAAAUGGGAAUAAUAAGUGGUGCAAGUCAUCAAGUUCCAGGUAUUAUGACGUCACUUGUCCUGCUUCUAACGACGCAGAUCUGGCGAAUGUUCGCUAAUUAAUCAGUCCACAAGACUGUCGUGCAUGGCAACCAGACACUCGUCCGUAUGGAUAUUUUCCAUGACACACAAGACCAACAUAUAAACUCACUCCAGAAUACCGUGUCGGGGUUUUGAGCAAUUCAGAUGUGCCAGGAUGGGGUUGGUUUCCUCUAAAGGUGGUGAGGAAUUCUGAAUCAAAUGAUAGUUGAUUAUAAACACAAAGUGUGAUAUGGUUUCUAGUAUUAUAUAACUGUUAUUCCGAAUACCCAUCAUUAACUACAUUAAUAUAUAUAUUUUUGUAAUGACCUUUAACUUAGGGUGAGGAAUGUUUAAUUCUUAAAUAGGUGGCGAUUCCACUGUGUCCUACGAAACGCACGUCGUACAGAAGUAAACCA